AUGGAGCUUCAGAAUGAUUUAGAGUCUCUCGAUAACGAGCUGAAUGAUUUUAAUGAAGAUCCAUUUCGUGAUGAUUAUAUAACGGAUGAAAAUGCUCUGAGAUCAGGAUUGCGAUCCGCCUGGACGAGGAUGAAAUAUUGGUUUUAUAAGAAUAGAUUGAAGUGGACAAACAAUCCCAUAAUAAUUGGCGAUACAAAAGAUAAUAGGGGUGGUCCUAAUUUUAGAAGGGGUAUACCACUAUACGAAUUAGACGCGAAUGGUCAACCUAUCGAUAGCGAAUUUGGUGAUGAGAAUGAUCUUUCUUUAGGAACAGGAUUUCAUUCCAAAGUGCCUUUUAAAAUAAUAUUUCGUAUAUUGCUUGGUUCACUGGUGUUUGCUGUUUUUUUAAUUCUGCUGAUAAACAUAACAAGACCCCAUCAUUCUGAAAGAGUACUAUCACACUUUGGUAAUCCCAACUUCGACCCUUAUGUGAAGUAUUUUAAUGGUACACAUGAAUUUUUCCCCCUAACAAUAGUAAUUUCACUAGACGGUUUCCAUCCUUCACUUAUAUCCAAGAGGAAUACACCAUUCUUGCAUGACUUAUAUGAAUUGAAAUAUAAUGGGGGUAUGAAUAUCACGUCUACACCGUUUAUGAUACCAAGCUUUCCUACGGAGACCUUUCCCAACCAUUGGACAUUGGUUACUGGACAAUACCCAAUACGCCAUGGUAUAGUUUCUAACGUAUUUUGGGAUCCUGAUUUAAGUGAAGAAUUCCAUCCAGGUGUAGUGGACCCUCGAAUAUGGAACAAUAAUAUUACAGAACCGAUUUGGCAAACUGUCCAGUCUGCGUUUGACGGCGAUAUGCCAUUCAAAGCCGCUACACACAUGUGGCCGGGUAGUGAUGUGAAUUAUACCAAAUACAAUGAAGAGAAAUUACAACCUGAACAUAAAGAGCCUAUCGCGGAAGAGAGAACUCCUUUUUACUUUGAUGAAUUUGAUGCUAAAGAGCCACUUUCGCAGAAAUUAUCCAAGAUUAUUGAAUAUGUGGAUAUGAGCACACUGAACGAAAGGCCACAAUUAAUUCUCGGUUAUGUACCAAACGUAGAUGCGUUUGGACAUAAGCAUGGAUAUCCCGCAGAGUCGGAAUAUUAUUAUAAAGAAUUCACUGAAACAUUAGGGGAAGUUGAUACAUUCCUGCAGCAACUGGUAGAAUCAUUGCAAGAAAGAAAUUUAACAGACUUUACUAAUUUGGUCAUUGUUAGUGAUCAUGGUAUGAGCAAUAUCGCAGUUCCCUCAAAUGUAAUCGUCUGGGAAGAUUUACUGGACGAGAAGUUGAGGAAGGAUUAUAUAUCGCACGCAUAUUUGGAAGGUCCGAUGAUGGCCAUAUCGUUAAAAGAUUCCGGAAAGAUUAAUGAGGUUUACCACAAUUUAAAGACGUCAAUAGAUGAAGACAGGUAUACGGUUUACGUCAAUGGGAAUUUUCCUGAAGAGUGGAACUUCAAUGAUAGAGGAAAUCAUCACAUGGCCUCAAUCUGGAUCGUGCCCGAACCCGGAUAUGCGGUAAUGAAGAAAGAACAAUUAAAGAGAACGGAAAAAGGUGACCAUAAAGACAAAAACGAAGAAAAAGUCUUCACGAUUGGAUCACAUGGGUACGAUAAUAAUGCGAUCGAUAUGAGGUCAGUAUUUAUCGGUAUGGGGCCAUAUUUCCCACAAGGAUACAUUGAGCCGUUCCAAAAUACAGAAUUUUACAAUCUAUUGUGUGAUAUAUGCGGUGUUGCAGAAAAGGAUAGAAACGCCAAUGACGGCGCUGGAGUACUUAUGAACCAACUCCGCGAACCCCAGAGCAGCGAUGAAGUACAGAUUGAAGAUGACUUCGAUUAUUUAAUAAGUAGGUUCGGCGAAAUCAGUACCUAUAAUAUUAUUUGGGGCGGGUACCCUGAAGAGACAGAACAAAAUGAUGACGAUAAUGACAAUGGUGACAGUGACGAUGAGAGCACUGACGAAAUAGCCGCCGUAUCGACUUCGUCGUCAACGACAAAACUACCGAUAACAACUUCAAUAUCAUCAGCAACUAGGAUCUCACCAGAUGAAAUAUCACCUUCGUCAAAAAGAAGCAGCACACAAGUUAGCGCUACUACUAACGCUGCGGGGGAUUGGCUUCAAGACAUAAUCAAUGAUGCAAAGGAACUCAUUGACGACAUAAUUGACAGCAUCGAUGAUUUGGUCGAUUCUGAUACCUAA